GCAGCCAUAACGAGCGGGAGCGACAUUCGCCAACUGCGUUCGCAUCCAGCUUCGUUCCUCGACGCGCUGAUACCGACAACACGAAACAGCGGGCGAAUUAGCGACGGGCACGAUGAGGGAUGAUUAACGCGCGCGUCCAGUGAUGCCCGGUCUAGAGGGAAACAUUUCGCACGACACGAAUCCACCUCCCACGCGCGCUCUAAUGUCCGAUGGGGAUGACGAGGCGGGGGUGCGCGAGACAGUGAAAAGGUUCGUCUUCAGAUCGCGGAAGACGCAGGGCGACGAACGCGAGGAGAGCUUGGAGAUCCUCAUUCCCGAGCUGCUGCAGCCUAAUUACAGCUUCUACACCUGGCCUUGUGCGCCCGUGCUUGCCUGGUACCUCUGGGAGCAUAGAGAGAACUUGGCUGGCAAGCGGGUCCUGGAGAUUGGAGCUGGCACCUCGCUACCUGGCAUCCUUGCUAGCAAGUGUGGCGCGAUCGUGACAUUGAGCGACUCCGCGAGUCAACCGAGGACUCUGCAGCACAUCAAGAGGUGCUGUGAAUUGAACGGGGUCGUGGACCAGGUGAAAAUCGUCGGCAUCACCUGGGGCUUCUUUCUGUCCAGUCUCUUCUCGCUUGGGCAGCUGGAUCUAAUCAUUGGUUCGGACUGUUUCUACGAGCCCACACUGUUCGAGGACGUAGUGGUCAUAGUGGCAUUUUUACUGGAGAAGAAUCCCUGUGCAAAAUUCCUCUGCACUUAUCAGGAGCGCAGCGCCGACUGGUCUAUAGAACAUCUGCUGAAUAAGUGGGGACUGUCGUGCGUGCAUAUCGAGCUGGACAGUCUCGGCACGAAUUCCGACGUUAGCCUGCCCGAAUUGAUGCAAGAUCGUACGAUACACUUGCUGGAUAUACAACGGGCGGUAUAAGUGAUCUCUCGAUUUUGCUACCAUGAUUGCCAGUGGUUUCAGGAGACACGUGAUCAAUAUCGCCAACAUUCCCUGGACGGUGGGUAGGCACGAGCUUAGUUUAUACUUCUCUCAAUUCGGUUGCGUGGUAGACGCUUUCGUAGUGUUCGAUAAGCAAACUGGUUUCCACAACGGCCACGGGAACGUAACGUUCUUGAAGAAGGAGCAGAUGAAAGCUGCGCUCGAGAGUAAACAUUCUUUAGAAGGGAAAGAGUUAAUCUUGUCACCAAGGAUAUAAGGUAAAGCCGAUAACAGUAGUACAUUUGUUCGAUCGAAGACAUAUCACACACAA